AGGAAGAGUAUUAGAAAACCAAAAAAGAUGACCACUAGCAGCAGAAAUGUGCAUCAUUUUGUUCAUCUAAUUCUUGUUAUUCUUCAUUGUUUUAAUACAGGAUUUUGCACAGAAGUAGAUAGCAUUACCAGCACUCUAUCUCUGAGGGAUCCUGGGAUUUUAUCAUCUCCAGGAGGCGUCUUGAAGUUGGGAUUUUUCAGUCCUCUAAACAGCUCUAACAGGUAUGUUGGUAUUUGGUACAAUUUUUCUGAAACGAUUGUCAUUUGGGUGGCUAAUAGGGACAAACCUUUAAGAGAUUCUUCUGGGGUUGUCAAAAUAUCUGGUGAUGGAAAUAUCUUAGUUAUGAACGGGGAGGAGGAGAUUCUUUGGUCAUCAAAUGUUUCAACCUCUCAGGUAAACUCAAUUGCCCUUCUCCAAGAUUCUGGGAAUUUUGUUCUUGUAGAUCAUCUGAACAAUGGGAGCACAAUAUGGCAGAGUUUUGAACAUCCUUCUGAUUCAAUUGUCCCUAAAAUGAGAUUAAGUGAAAACACAAGGACAGGGGAGAGGGUAGAAGUAAAAUCUUGGAGAAGCCCUUGGGAUCCUAAUUUCGGAAACUUUUCUUUAGGAAUGAAUUCUGGAUUCAUUCCUCAGGUGUAUAUCUGGAAAGGUAGUCAUCCCUAUUGGCGAAGUGGUCAAUGGAAUGGCCAGAUCUUUAUCGGAGUGCAGGGUAUGUAUUCUGUGUCGUCUGAUGGAUUCAAUGUAGUGAACGAUCGCGAAGGUACUGUAUACCUUACUGGCCCUGGUGAUUUUGAUUUCUUAACGAAAUUUGUCUUGGAUUGGAAAGGGAAUUUGGUUCAAUCAUAUUGGGAUGUGAAUGAGACAAACUGGAAGAUAAUAUGGUCAGCUCCCAAUAACGAUUGUGAAGUUUAUGGAACAUGUGGUCCAUUUGGGAGCUGCAAUUUGGAGUCGCCGAUCUGUUCUUGUCUGAAAGGUUUUGAGCCAAAGCACAGGGAAGAAUGGGAAAAGGGGAAUUGGACUAGUGGUUGUGUUAGGAGGAAAGCUUUGCAAUGUGAAGUAAGGAAUAACUCAGGGGAUUCAAGUAAAGAAGACGGAUUUCUAAAGAUAGGGUCAAUAAAAUUGCCUGAUUUUGCAGAAAGGUCAUCGACUAGAGAAGACCAAUGUAAAAGCCAAUGCUUGGGAUAUUGUUCCUGCAUAGCGUAUGCAUAUGACUCAGGUACUGGCUGUAUGUCAUGGAGUAACAACUUGAUUGAUAUUCAGCAGUUCCAAAGCUCGGGGAAAGAUCUCUAUAUUCGCGUGGCACAUUCAGAGCUUGAUCAUCAUAAAGACAUAAAGAAAAUUGUAAUUCCAGUAAUCCUUGGUUUUCUUACACUCUGUGUUUGUCUGUUCCUUUGCUGUACAUGGAUGGCCAGACUUAGAGGAGUAAAAAGGAAGAAGAUAAAUUUACUUGGUGACAGAAGUGCAGUUCAUAUGGAAGAGUUACCAGUCUUCAGCCUCGAUACGCUUGCAAAUGCAACAUCCCAAUUCCAUGAGGAUAAGAAGCUUGGUCAGGGCGGUUUUGGUCCAGUUUACAUGGGAAAAUUGGAAGACGGGAAAGAAAUAGCAGUCAAGAGGCUUUCAAAAGCCUCGGGACAAGGGCUGGAGGAGUUCAUGAAUGAAGUGUUGGUGAUCUCGAAAGUCCAACAUAGAAACCUUGUUAGACUUUUGGGAUGUUGCGUUGAUAAAGAGGAGAAGAUGUUGAUUUAUGAAUAUAUGCCCAAGAAAAGCUUGGAUGUGUUUCUCUUUGAUGAAGGCCACCGAGGCAUUUUGGAUUGGAGAAAACGUUCCACUAUAAUCGAAGGGGUUGGUCGAGGACUCCUUUAUCUUCACAGAGAUUCAAGAUUGAAGAUAAUUCAUAGAGAUCUGAAGCCAAGUAACAUUUUGCUCGAUAAUGACUUCAAUCCAAAGAUUUCAGAUUUUGGCAUGGCUAGGAUUUUCGGAUCUGACCAAGAUCAAGCAGACACAAGGAGAGUAGUUGGUACUUAUGGAUACAUGGCCCCUGAAUAUGCAAUGAAAGGAAGAUUCUCUGAGAAAUCGGACGUUUUCAGCUUUGGAGUUCUAGUGUUAGAGAUCAUCAGUGGCCGAAAAAGUACAAGUUCUUGGAAUGAGACAUCCUCUUUUAGCCUUUUCGGAUAUGCAUGGAUGUUAUGGAAAGAACAAGAUUUAUCAACUUUUAUCGAUCCAUUCAUAUUGAACACGAGCUCGGAAAUGGAGAUCAGAAAAUGCAUACAGAUUGGUUUACUAUGUGUUCAAGAAUUUGCUGAAGACAGACCAAGUAUUUCAUCUGUUCUUGCUAUGCUUACCAGUGAAACUACAAGUCUUCCUGCACCAUCACAACCUGCUUUUACUGAAAGACAUGAUUGUAUCUUCAAAAUGUGCAAUGUAACUAAUUGUACUUUGAACAAUAUCAGUAUCACAAACAUAACUGGUAGAAAAACCAAAAAGAUGAGCAACAGCAGCAGCAGAAGAAGAAAUUUGCAAUAUUUUGUUCAUAUAAUUCUUGUUAUUCUUCGUUUUAUCGAUACAGGAUUAUGCAGUGAAGUGGAUAACAUUACCAGCAUUCAAUCUCUGAGAGAUCCUGGAAUUUUAUCGUCUCCAGGAGGCGUAUUCAAGUUAGGAUUUUUCAGUCCUCAAAACAGUACUAAUAGGUAUGUUGGUAUUUGGUACAAUUUUUCUGUAACAACUGUCAUUUGGGUGGCUAAUAGGGACAAACCUUUAAGAGAUUCUUCUGGUGUUGUAAAGAUAUCUCGUGAUGGAAAUGUCGUUAUAACGAAUGGAGAGGAGGAGAUUCUUUGGUCAUCAAAUGUUUCAACUUCUCAGGUAAACUCAAUUGGCCUUCUCCAAGAUUCUGGGAACUUUGUUCUCGUUGAUCAUCGGGACAAUAUGAGCACUAUAUGGCAGAGUUUUGAACAUCCUUCUGAUUCAACUAUUCCUAGAAUGAGAAUAAGUGAAAAUACAAGGACAGGGGAGAUGGUAGAAGCAAGAUCUUGGAGAAGUCCUUCGGAUCCUAAUAUCGGAGACUUUUCUUUAAGAAUGAACUCUGGAGUCAUUCCUCAAGUGUAUAUAUGGAAAGGAAACCGUCCCUAUUGGCGAACUGGUCAAUGGAAUGGACAGAUCUUUAUAGGAGUGCAGAAUAUGUAUGCUGUGGUAUCUGAUGGAUUUAAUGUAGUGAAUGAUCGCGAAGGUACUGUAUAUUUUACUGGACCUAUUCGUGAUAAUUUUUUAAGGAUAUUAGUCUUGGAUUGGAGAGGGAACUUGGUUCAAUCAUAUUGGAAUGUGACUGAGACAAACUGGAAGAUAAUAUGGUCAGCUCCCAGUAACAAUUGUGAAGUUUAUGGAACGUGUGGUCCAUUUGGGAGCUGCAAUCAUUUGGAGUCGCCGGUCUGUUCUUGUCUGAAAGGUUUCGAGCCAAAGCAUAGGGAAGAAUGGGAAAAGGGGAAUUGGACUAGUGGUUGUGUUAGGAGGAGUGCUUUGCAAUGUGAAGUUAAGAAUAACACCGCGAAUUCAAGUAAAGAAGACGGAUUUCUAAAGAUGGAGUUGAUGAAAUUGCCUGAUUUUGCUGAAAGGUCAUCUACUUCAGAAGACUUAUGUAGAAGCCAAUGCUUGGGGAAUUGUUCCUGCAUAGGGUAUGCAUUUGAUUCAGGUAUCGGCUGUAUGUCGUGGAGUGAAAUGAUUGACAUUCAGCAGUUCCAAAGCUCGGGGAAAGAUCUCUAUAUUCACGUGGCAAAUUCAGAGCUUGUGUUUUCUGCAGAUCAUGGUAAAGACAUAAAGAAAAUCGUAAUUCCAGUAAUUGUUGGUUCUCUUACACUCUGUGUUUGUCUGUUCCUUUGCUAUACAAUGGUGAUCAGACGUAGAGGAGUGAAAAGAGAGGAGGUAGCUUUACUUGGUAACAAAAGUCCAGUUAAUAUGGAAGAAUUACCAGUCUUCAGCCUCGAUACGAUUGCAAAUGCAACAUCCCAAUUCAAUGAGGAUAAUAAGCUUGGUCAGGGCGGUUUUGGUCCAGUUUACAAGGGGAAAUUGGAAGAUGGGAAAGAAAUAGCUGUCAAGAGGCUCUCAAAAGCCUCGAAACAAGGGCUGGAGGAGUUCAUGAAUGAAGUGUUGGUGAUCUCGAAAGUCCAACAUAGAAACCUUGUUAGACUCUGUGGAUGCUGUGUCGAUAAAGAGGAGAAGAUGCUGAUUUAUGAAUAUAUGCCAAAGAAAAGCUUAGAUGUGUUUCUCUUUGAUGAAGCACAUCGAGACAUUUUGGAUUGGACAAAACGUUCCAUUAUAAUCGAAGGAGUUGGUCGAGGACUCCUUUAUCUACACAGAGAUUCAAGAUUGAAGAUAAUUCAUAGAGAUCUAAAGCCAAGUAACAUCUUGCUCGAUAAUAACUUCAAUCCAAAGAUUUCAGAUUUUGGCAUGGCUAGGAUUUUCGGAUCUGAUCAAGAUCAAGCAGACACAAUGAGAGUAGUUGGUACUUAUGGAUACAUGGCACCCGAAUAUGCAAUGGAAGGAAGAUUCUCAGAGAAAUCCGAUGUUUUCAGCUUUGGAGUUCUAGUCUUAGAGAUCAUAAGUGGUCGAAAAAGUACAAAUUCUUGGACUGAGACAUCCUCUUUGAGCCUUUUGGGAUAUGCAUGGAAGUUAUGGAAAGAACAAGAUUUAUCAACUUUUAUCGAUCCGUUUAUAUUGAAUCCGAGCUCGGAAAUAGAGAUCAGAAAAUGCAUACAGAUUGGUUUACUAUGUGUACAAGAAUUUGCUGAAGACAGGCCAAGUAUUUCAUCUGUUCUUGUUAUGCUUACUAGUGAAACAACAAGUCUUCCAGCACCAUCACAACCUGCUUUUACUGAAAGAAGACACUUCAGAAUGUGCAAUGAAAAUAGAGAAACUAAGUUUACUUUGAACAAAAUGAGUAUCACAAACCUUACUGGUAGAUAACAUGAGCAUAUGAAAUUACUUUUUAAAGAUUUGCACAAUUGUUAUAGUAUGAUCCAUUCGUCUCAAUUUGUAUGAUACCUUUUGUUUCAAAAUGUUUGACAAUA